AUGACUGCUAAUACAUCGUCUCAUCUAACACCCCCUCCAUCGUCUCUGGGUCAUAUGAAUAAUGAAAGAGUUGGAGACGAAAUAGUUUCGACAGCCUGCCCUUCCUUGCAUAAGAAUCCACCGUCUCCCAGAACACAGUCUAAAUCUAUAUUAACCGUUGCGCUUCAAAAGGCCCAGACCGCCGUGCAAUUUGACGCUGCAAACAACGUAGUAGCCGCGUUGGAAUCUUAUAAACAGACCGUCGAACUUUUAUCACAGCAUGACACCUAUGCUGACCGGAUAAGGUUAUUGUCGACCAUAGCCCCAGAAUCCGAUGGUGCGUCCUCAAAUGAUGCCAGUAGUACAGAUCAAGAUCCGGACUUUGUUGAAAGUGAAAAUAAUGAUAAAUCUUCGAAAUCGGAACAAUCGCUGGAACAGGGUAGCGUCAUAGAGCCCGGCACAGUUACAACACAAAAUGUUCGAAAAGCGGACUUUGAUGUACAAGGUUCCACCCCAAAUGACGGUGAUAACGGUUCAAUUGAUAUGGAUUCGAAUCAAUUUAAUAAAGAUAGAUCUUUAGAUUUUAAUAGAAACCCUCUAAAUCAACAGAAUAAUGAUGCAGAAAAAAUAAUAGAAACGAAAGAUAUUGGUGCUAUAGAUAAUAUUAGCACAAAAGAUAAUUUAAUUGAAAAAGAAUAUGAAGCACCUGUGCAAUCGAAACGGUUUUCAAAUCUUUCACACAAAUCUGACAGCUCCACAUUAAUAGAUAAACCUUAUAUAAAUAAAACGGUACCUGAGCCAACAAACGAAAGAGAGAAGUCGAUAGCUGACACCAAUGGCAUCACGGAAUUUGUUGUAGGUUCGGAAAAUUCAGCUUCCAACACCGAUGUCGCCGAAAGUUUCGACGCGAAAUUACAGGAACAAGGAAAACAGGUCACAGAUCAGGAUCUUUCCAAAGAAAGGUCACUUUCCUCGUCGUCUCCAUCUCAGAUUGAAACAGAAAUACCUCCAAAAAAUACGACCGAAAGACGCACUCCUUCUCAUGUUUUUGUACCUCCACCCCCACCCAAAAUUGCUCCUCCCAGCAACAAUUCACAACCAUCUAUAUCACCUUCUCUUCUACCAUCUACCACAAACAACGCCCUAUUGCCAAUUUCAGCGUCUGAGACGACAACGGAUUUACUAUCAAAUCUAGCCCAAGAGGAAAAUGACGACAAAGCUUCUGUUAAAUCUGCAUCCCUAGAAUCCAAUAAAUCACCACAAUCUCGGCGCCCUACACCCCUUUCGCUAGAUAAACCAGAAAUUUAUAACUCCCGUAGCUUACUGCACACACCUUCUCCCUCAAACCCUAAUAAUUUGACAGGUUUCGUUCAGCCGUCUUCUAAUUAUUCGCAUUCUUCAGGUUUUCCGAAAAGGACUGCAUCAAACCCUGGAAAUAGUUCUAGAAAGAGUACCGUUCGUUUCUUUAGUCAGUCACAAUCAACAUUAACCUCUAGUUUUACCCAAACCCUGUCACAAAUUCCCGGGACUCCGUCUCCGUGGUCGAAUAAUCUUGGUAUACCACCUCCACUAGGUAGCCCGGGAUUACGCAGUGAUCAAACAAAUUCACCAAAAACGCCUCAAUCGGGAUAUAUCUCUUGCCUGAUGAAUCCUUUACCCAACACAUUACUUAAUGACGAAGAUUUGGGUUUACCUACAGUGAAGAAUUCUGCGUUACCUGAACCACCACCAAAAGAUAUUCAUUUAAGACCCUUUUGGUUGAUGCGUCUGUUGGAACGCACGAUGACCACCGGAGGAUACUUGACCCCAAAGUUGUAUAUUCCCUGUAAUUUAUGGCUACAAGGUCAUGCAAAAUUAACAGCAAUAGAUACGAAAAUAUCGAGUUGUGACGUUGUUUUAAAUUGCCUAAUAAGAUUAUCAAAGACAUCGAUUGACGACAUUGCUAAUCUUUCGAGGGAAUUGGAAGGUAUCGAAUCCAUUAUAGAAGGCCUCCAAAAUUCACUUGCAAGGAAAUUAAGCUAUGUCGAGUCCACUAACGGAAAGAGCCGACAAAGUACAAGUUCACUUAUGAAUUGGGGUUCUAAAUUGUCACGAAGUCUUGACAAAAUGGGUAUGAGCAAUGCCAUGGUUCGUAGUGAGGAGGCCAAUGGUUACGUGGAUGUUCUCAUCAAGGUGUUCCAGAAUGCCGAUGUUGUUGGUAAGAGAUUUUAA